GAUUAAGUGGGGCGUGUAUAACCCAAUUUUUUCCCUCUUUUAACUUUGGAUGAAACAUGAAAGCCAUGUGUCUAUGGUUAUUAAGAGUUCAAGAUUCGGUUUAGUUGGUUUAGAUUUCUUGUUCAAUUCCGGUUUUCUGUACCGAUGUAACGAAUUUUUAUGCUCGGCUUGUUUUAAUUUUCACACAUGAAAAAGUCAGAAUAACAGUAGUUUUCUCAAAAGAACCAUUAAGCUCGGCUUGUUUUAAUUUUCUUUUGUUGGUGAACUUGGUUCACAUUCUUAACAUUACAAUUAAGUAGGGUUAAUUUUUUUUUUUUGGUGUAGGGGGGGGGGGAUAAAAAUUAAUUACAAUAAGCAGGCUAAUUCGCUAAGAUAUAUGAUGAAUAAUGUGUUAAUAUAACCAGUCUUUAUCUUUCUUUACUUUUAUUUUUUAACCAGUCUCAAUCUUAUAUGUAAUGUAGCAAUUGACAAGUUUAAUCAAAUAUAUUUCAGCUACUAGUUUAACUUUCAUCUAAAGAUUUAUUGCAUGAGAACACUGAAAUAAAAAUGGUCGUGAACAAACCAAUGUAGGAUUUAUCUAUGAGUAAAACAAAACGAUGACGACAUUAGUAACCUCACUUAACUACAUUGGUGAAAGCUGAACAGUAUGCUAGAAAUACCAAACAAUAAAGGUUCUAACAAUUAAUUAACUAACCGCAAGUGGCUCAAAGCUAGAAAAUAAGAAAAGAAUCCAUAUGCUGUAACAAUUUAUAAAUAUAAACUAUGCAAUUAGGUUGAAACUUUAAGAUAUCUAUAAUUCAUCUUAGUAUAGGAAAUGCCUAACUCCUUAAAUAUCCCCAAGGGAAACUAAUUUUUAAUAUUGAAUUGAACUAACUAGUUUAUUUCACUUGUCCACAGUUCUUAAAAUUUCUUGAAAAUACAGAUACCGUCUUUGCAAAUUACAAUUUUUUUUCUUAGCUUGUUUUCAAACUAUAUUUAGCAUGAAAUUUGAUAUAAAUAUCCAUUUAGAUUAUAUAGAGAAUGAGUUGACGAGAUGUGUUGAUAAAAUUAAAUUUUUGAUCUACCCUAUUUUCUCUACUAAAGCAGAGUAAUAAAUAUCCUGGUUAAUAAGUUCAUGAUGGAUGUUUACAUGUUUUCAUUGUAACAUAUCUUUCGACAUAUCAGAUUCUCUACAGUUCUUGAAAACUUAUAGAUAAAACUCAAAUGGCCAAGAAACCGUAUCACCUCCGUCAUCAGCCGCGUAAAUCUUCAUCGACGACUACGCAGGCUUUCACAGUUAUCAUUCUUCUACUCUUCUUCAUCAUGAUUCUUCUUGGUCUCGGUAUCCUUUCACUACCUAACACCAGCAGGAACUCUUCAAGGCCGGUUGAUUUGACCACAAUUAUACGGGAUAGCGAGGAGAGGGAGAGCUAUGGAAAUGAAGAUGGUAAUGGUGACCGUUGGGUCGAAGUUAUCUCGUGGGAGCCUAGAGCUUUCCUUUAUCAUAAUUUCAUGACAAAUGAAGAAUGUGAGCACUUGAUUAGCCUCGCGAAACCUAGCAUGAAAAAGUCAAAGGUGGUUGAUGUGAAAACUGGAGGAAGCAAAGACAGCAGGUUCUGUUACUCAUUGAUAUAUUUUUCUCCUUCAAGUUUAAUUCUAAAUCUUACAAAUCGAAUAAUGUGCAGAGUAAGAACAAGCUCAGGAACUUUUCUUAAAAGAGGACAAGACGAAAUAGUGGAAGAGAUUGAGAACAGAAUCUCAGAUUUCACCUUCAUUCCUGUAGAAAAUGGAGAAGGGCUACAAGUUCUACAUUACGAAGUUGGGCAGAAAUAUGAGCCUCAUCAUGAUUAUUUCUCAGACGAGUACAAUGUCAAAAGAGGAGGGAACCGAAUAGCUACUGUACUCAUGUAUCUCUCGGAUGUUGAAGAAGGCGGUGAGACGGUUUUCCCUGCAGCCAAAGGAAACAUAAGUGAUGUCCCGUGGUGGAACGAGCUCUCACAAUGUGGUAGAGAAGGACUCUCUGUUUUACCAAAGAAAAGAGAUGCUUUACUCUUCUGGAGCGCGAGGCCUGAUGCGUCGCUAGACCCUUCAAGCUUGCAUGGUGGUUGUCCCGUGAUCAAAGGAAACAAGUGGUCAUCAACUAAAUGGUUUCACUUUAACGAGUACACGGCUUGAAUAAAAUGAAGAUGGCUUUUUAAGAGGUUAAAGCUCUCUUUUUUUUUCUUUUUUCUUGAAACACAAGGUCAAAGCGCUCUUAAUCUCACUUUAGUAUUGAUUACUUUGUAUUGUCUCUGAUUGUUUUAAUGUAUCUGUCGUCUUUUGCAGGUUUACAUGACCAAAUCUAACUAACAACAUGAACUAGUAUGUGUAUCAUUUUCAAUUUCAUACUGAUACGUCUCUUAAAAGCUCUCAAACUCUGCAGCAGCUAAACUUAUGUAGCUGAUGUUACCUUAUCAACUAUAGUAAAAAAAAACCUCAAUCUUAUUGUUCGAUAGACAAUAAAUAAAUAAUACCGAUCCAUUUUCUCCUGGUAAAACAAAAGAGUGCUCAUAUUUUAUUUCAAAUUUAGAAAACGAUUGUGACAGUGAAAGUGACAAUGGUUCCAAGAGACUGUAGCAUGAAG